ACUUAUGUGAAGAAUUGUUAUGAAGAUUCACAAAUUAGUGAGCAAAAAGUGCGGUAUAAUAAAUUGUGCUCGCAUUUUUCUAAGGCUGCUGAAAUUGGAGUAGAAUCCAUUGAAAAAUAUAGUUUCUUGAUGAAGUGUGUGGAUGAUGCAAUAGAGAAGCUCAUGGAUAAUGCAAAUUAUUUGGAGAGUCACUCUAACCAAGUUAUGCCACCAAUGUUGUUGGAAAAGGAUCAUGAUCACCACCAAGCAACAUCUUCAAAGUUCCUAACUCCUUUAAAAGUGCGUAGUAAAGGCCGGCCACCAUCGAAGAGGAAGAAGUCAAAAGUUGAAGAGAUGAUCAUUAGAAAUAAAAAAAAGAAAACUCAAGCAACGGGAAAUGUACAAAUGCAAAAUGAUACACAAAUUGAAAUUCACACUCAAGAAAGUGUGGUGACUUCCAAUUUUUUCCCAAAUGUGAUGAAUGUGGAUGUCUAUGGCUUCAAUUGGCAAAAUGCAGGAAAUUAUAGUUCAUCACAGGGUCAACCAUCAAACUAUUCGACACCUAUUGAUAGUGCAGAGAUGCUUGCAAAUGAAAUUAGAACAUCUACUUCAAUAGGUCAUGAAUCAAAUUCAAUUUCUUGGGCCAAUAUCCAUUUUAAUUCAGGGAAAUAACAAUGGCAAUUGUGUGAGGAUGUUCUAGAUGACCUUUGAUUUGUGUGAGGAUGUUUUCAUUUUGCAGAUGGGCUUGUGUUG